UACAUGGGCGACGAGUUCUCGGAGGGUGCGCGUCCCAGCAGGGCGGCGAAGCUGCUGUCGGCGGUGCCGUGGGCGAGGCCAGCGCCCCCCCCGGCGGGCGGUGUUGCCGCGGAGCAGCCCGGCGCUGCUGGGCUGGAAGCGCAGGCGUCCAGGGCCACGAUGGCGAUUGCGUGCGCACUCAGCCUCAUGUCCCACUGCUACCUGCGACCAGGCGAGCUGCUGGCCAUGAAAGCGUUCCAGCUGGUGGCCCCAGCUCGGGGCCUGCAAGGCGGGUUCCGCUGGUGGGCCCUGCUGCUGCAUCCAGAGGAGCUGCUGGUGCCCGGCGCGACUGGCGAGCUGGGCGACUCCUCGCCGCUGGAUGUCCCCGAGCUCCUCUGGCUCACGCCCGCGCUGAGCGAGCUCGAGGCGAGGCUGGAGCCCAACGCGCCGCUGUGGAGUUUCGGCUCCGCACAGCUGCGCGCGGAGGUCGAGGGCGGGGCGGCGGCGCUGGGCCUGCGAGGCCUCGGCGCCGCGCUGUGUUGUCUCCGGCGCGGCGGCGCCGGCCACGACAGGAUCGUAGGGCGCAGGUCGCUGGAGGAGGUGGCCAAGCGCGGCCGCUGGCGGGCCCGCCUGUUCGGGCUCAGCUCCGCGCGACGCUCUGCCGAGUGCGCCUGGGCAGGGGGCGAAUCGCUGUCGAAGUCUUCCCGGGCUCGGGUAGGCUCGCCGCAGCGCUGCGGGCCCUAG